GUGUCUUUUCCACCUGGCAGAUGGCAAUGAAAAUCUGUCCACCUCAGGGUUCCUAGGAGCACUAAACGAGCUUUUUCAGUCUGACAUGGCAGAAAAACCAACAUGUAUGCCUACAAAGAAACCUAAUGAUGAAGAAACACAAAAAGAAGAGAAUAUCCGUUGCUUAACCACACUUGGCCAUUUUGGUUUUGAAUGUUUGCCCUACCAGUUGGUAAACAGGGCUCUCCAUCAAGGAUUCUCUUUUAAUAUUCUCUGUGUGGGGGAGACUGGAAUUGGAAAGUCAACGCUGAUUGAAACAUUGUUUAAUGCCCAUUUGAGAGAUAACAAAUCCUCACAUUUUUACCCAAAUGUUGGACUUAAAAUUCAGACGCAUGAGCUGCAGGAGAGCAAUGUUCAAUUGAAAUUGACUGUUGUGAAAACAGUGGGAUAUGGAGAUCAAAUAAACAAACAAGCCAGGUUGGUGUUUUCUUAUUUUAAGAGUUUUCCUUAUUUUUCCAUAGAUGAAUUUGUAAUAUUCUUCUAAGGUGAUUGGUGCAUU